AUCCCCAGAGGGGGCGGCGCGCCGAUCCCCAUGACGUCCUCCAUGACGCCGGGCGGCGCAGACGGACUCCCGCGGCCGCAGCUUCCGUCCCCGCGCGGCUCGUCCUCGUCGUCGCACGGGAAGCUCUACAGCGACCUACCGCCGGGCCCGACCGCGCCUACUUAAACCUUCCCCCCACCUCCCGCCGCUGCCGCAUCCAAUCAUCAGGGAGCUUCAUACACGCGGCGGCGGCAGCGGCUGGAUCCACGGCUGUCGACUGUGAAGUGCGCUCUGCGCUGCCAGAUGGCGUCCGGGUGGAGGGGCAUCCUGGGGUUUGACUACGGCAUCGUGCAGGCUCCGCUCGGGCCGGACAUCUCGGGCCCGGAGCUCGCCGCCGCCGUCGCCAACGCGGGCGCCAUCGGUCUCCUCCGCCUCCCCGACUGGCCCGCGCCGGAUCGCGUCAGAGAGCUGAUUCGGAAGACGAGGAGCCUGACGUCGAGGCCGUUCGGUGCGGCUAUUAUACUGGCGUUCCCGCACGAGGAGAACCUGAGGGUCGUCCUGGAGGAGAAGCUCGCCGUUCUGCAGGUGUACUGGGGGGAGUUCCCGAGAGAACGGGUCGAAGAGGCGCACCGGGCCGGCGUCAAGGUCUUGCAUCAGGUUGGCAAUCUUGAGGAGGCAGCGAAAGCUAAAGAAGCCGGUGUAGAUGGAAUAAUUAUUCAGGGCCGAGAAGCAGGGGGUCAUGUAAUUGGUCAGGAAGGACUGUUUCCACUGUUGCCAAGAGUAGUAGAUCUUGUUUCAGACUCUGGCAUUCCAGUUAUUGCUGCUGGGGGAAUCGUAGAUGGGCGUGGCUAUGUUGCUGCUUUGGCACUUGGUGCUCAGGGCGUUUGUUUAGGAACAAGGUUCGUGGCUACUGAGGAAAGCUUUGCACAUCCUAUUUAUAAGCAAAAGCUAAUUGAGGUGAGUCACACAGACUAUACAAAUGUGUUCGGACGUGCUAGAUGGCCUGAUGCUCCACAACGUGUCCUGGAAACACCCUUCUACGCUGGGUCAAAGAAUAAUCUCUCAGACCAGGAAACAGAAGAAAGUCAACCCAUCAUAGGCCACUCUAUCAUCCACGGCGUGCACAAGGAUAUUCGUCGGUUUGCCGGUACUGUUCCAAACGCCACAGCAACAGGAGAUAUCGAGAGCAUGGCCAUGUAUGCAGGUCAGGGUGUUGGGCUAAUCACGGAGGUCAUACCAGCUGGCGAUGUUGUCAAAAGGCUGGUCGUUGAAGCAAAGGAUGUCAUCAGAGAAAAGCUUUCUGAUUUGAAGAUGGGGUCCGGGUGGAGGGGCAUCCUUGGCUUCGACUACGGCAUUGUGCAGGCGCCGCUAGGCCCCGACAUCUCCGGCCCCGAGCUCGCCGCCGCCGUCGCAAACGCCGGCGCCAUCGGCCUUAUCCGCCUGCCCGAUUUCCCUGCGCCCGAGUACGUGAGGGAGCUGAUACGGAAGACGAGGAGCCUGACGUCGAGGCCGUUUGGGGCGGCCAUUGUGCUGCCGUUCCCGUACGAUGAGAACCUGAGGGUCGUGCUGGAGGAGAAGCUCGCCGUGCUGCAGGUGUACUGGGGUGAGUUCCCGAGGGAGCGGGUCGAAGAGGCGCACCGUGCAGGCGUCAAGGUCUUGCAUCAGGUCGGCAGCCUUGAGGAGGCAGGGAAAGCUAAAGAAGCUGGUGUAGAUGGAAUCAUUGUUCAGGGCCGUGAAGCAGGGGGUCAUGUAAUUGGUCAGGAAGGACUAUUUCCACUGUUGGCAAGAGUAGUAGAUCUUGUUUCAGACUCUGGCAUUCCAGUUAUUGCUGCUGGGGGAAUCGUAGACGGCCGAGGCUAUGUUGCCGCAUUGGCACUUGGUGCUCAAGGUGUUUGCUUAGGAACAAGGUUCCUGGCUACUGAGGAAAGCUCUGCGCAUCCUAUUUAUAAGGAAAAGUUAAUUGAGAUGAGUCGCACAGACUACACAAAUGUGUUCGGGCGUGCUAGAUGGUCUUAUGCUCCACAACGUGUCCUGGAAACACCUUUCUAUUCUGUCUGGAAGAAUCUCCCAGAUCAGGAAACAGAGGAAAAUCAACCCAUCAUUGGGCAGUCUAUCAUCCAUGGGGUGCACAAUGAUAUUUAUCGGUUUGCUGGUGCUGCUCCAAACGUGACUGCGACAGGUGAUAUCGGUAGCAUGGUCAUGUAUGCGGGUCAGGGUGUUGGGCUAAUCACGGAGAUCAUACCAGCUGGCAAAGUUGUCCAAAGGCUGGUCGCUGAAGCAAAGAAUAUCAUCAGAGAAAGGCUUUCCGAUUUCCAGGAAAAGUCUUGUUGAACUGCGAGUUUUAUCUAUAGCACAUGAAGUAUUUGUAAGUAAUCACCAAUCAGAUCAAGUGAGAUAAUCAAGGUAUCCUUUUCUUUUUUGACGACAAUGUUGUCAGUGUACUUGAGCAAAAUUAUUUUGGUGGUGUCUGCUCCGUGUGCUGUUUGUAAUUUGUAAAUAAUGCGUAACACAAAUAAAUGGGACUACCAAGCUAUUAUGUUUACUGAAAUCUUUGUAGUGCUAUAAUGUA